UAAAUCUCCCAAUUUCUUUAACCGCUCCAGUUAUUAGAUCUCCGAUUUCUAGAUUCUGAUCAAUCCAAAUCGGAGACGGUGGUGCUUUGUCAAUUCACGCCGCGAGUCUUUCUUCGUCGAAAACGGUGUUGCUCCGUCUAUUACCGCCGCGAGUCUUGCUUCGUAGAAGACGGUGGUGCUUCGCCGAUUCACGCCGAGUCUUCUUCUUUUACGACGGUAGUGCUACGCGAGAAGGUGAUUCUUUUCAUUUGAAGAGUGAAGAUAGCAGAAAUGGACGCUGGAAUUGAACAGUUUGUGAGGGUAUCAUGUCGGCUAUCGGUUUCCCGACUGAACUAUCUGAUCAAUCUCAUCAAUGCAUGGUCGACGAACAGUAUCCAUUAAUGAUGGUGUGGUUGUGGAGGCUGUAUACAAAUGGGUUCCGGGUUCUCUUGGACUUGAAUUGGUUGGGGAGGGAGGUGAGGGUGACGGCUUUGGCGGAAAUAAUCAACAAGGCCUUGGUGGGAAUGAUCAGCAAGCCGUCCCAGCUGCAGUCGCUGGAGUUUCGGAUAGUGAAGGAGAUGAAGCCGCCUUAGAUGAAGAUCGUGAAGCUGGAGAUGACCAACAGAGCAAGAGAAAGCGAAAGAGAGAACAGAAGGAGAAGAAGGAUGGUCAGGAGGAAGAGAAGGAGAAGAAGAUUCAGAAACUCUGAUAACUCGUCAGUACAUGAUGAUAAGUAGUAGUGUUUUACUUGGAGUAUAGAAGAAUCCAUGAAUUCGUUUUAAAGUUUGUGAAAAUUUUGAGUCAGUUUUUGAUGUUUUUGAAUUACAUACUCGAAAUUCGACCGCAGAGUAAAGAAAAUAAUACUAGAUCUUGAUUC